CAAAGCCUUGAAGAAGGCGGGAAAGAAAGAGGCGAACUCUGCACAGGACACGGUCCAGCAAUGGCGGGAGGGGAUUCUCAAAAGCCACUCCAAAUGCUACUUCGCGAUUUCAACUCAGAAAAAUCCCAAGGAGAAAUCAGAGUAGCCGGUUUCAAAAGGAGAAUCGAGACGCUUCGUUCUGAACUGGAGGACGGAAUUUUGGAACUGGAAGAGUCAAAGCUGUUCAAAGAAACUAUUGAGCAGGAGCUUAAAGGAUAUGAAGUCGAGUUAGCUCUGCAGAGCACUUCAAUUCAAGCUCUAGAGACCAGGAUUUCUUCGGUUCAAGAAGAGGUUACGAAGGUCGGAUCUGAUUUAGAGGCUCUUAAGAAUGACGAGGGAGUUAAACGAGACGAAUUUAUUAGCCAAAUGUUUGAGCUCAACAAGAAGAUAAGGAAAUUUCAGGAGAUGAUAAACCACAAUUUGCACAAUGAUACCAUUGAGCCUUCAUCAACCUCAUCAGGCAACGAACUUGAGGACACACAACCAAUGCAUGAGACUGAAGUUUCUUUGAAAAGUCUAGAGGAUAAGCUUGGACAUGUAAUUUCUCAAACACGCUUAGAGGAACAGGACUAUGAAGAAGAAGAAGAUAUUCAUAUAAAGGGCCAGCAGGAGCUUGCUGAUUCUGAAAGUAACGUGUUAGUCACAGAGGCAGUUUUUAAAGAAAUGAAAGAGAUGCAGAACAUUUCAAAGCAGAUUGCUGAUUUAGAAGAGUUGUGUGCCUCUCUUAGUGAGGAGUUGACGAAGAAGUGUUCUUGUCCCAACUGUCAUCUGGAAAAUGUUGAAGCCUUGGGACUACAGACAACUGAGGGGAAUUGAUUAGUGAUGGUAGAGGCUGUAAUAAAUGGUCACCACUCACCACAUCAGCAAAAAGGACAAAUUCCAAGAAAGUUAAUGUGGAAAAAAAGGCUUGUUGGAUCUAUUUCCCUGGAUGACCGAAGUCCCUAUCUUUAUAGUUCAUAUCUCCAUUUCAAACACAACCAAAGACAAAGGUCCCACUGGUGAGCUGAUGAGGAAACUUCAUACUGUUGCUUAAAGUAUGUCUUAGGAGUUCUUUCUUUAUCUUGACAGGCUAGCAUGAAAAUCUGCUUGUGACUUACUAGUGCUCCUAGGAACCGCUAACCAGUGCCUCAGCCUUCAUUAUCUUCAGUCUUUCUGAUCCUCCUUUAAAGAUCUGAGAAGCAAGUUUGAGAUGGUUGAGUAAGUAAAUGUUAAGCUCUUAUUUGUUUGGUGUAGCUAUUUGAUCCUUGAUGGAUGAUUGUUUUUCCUUUUCUAGUCAUGGUUUUUUGGCUGGAGUCAGGGCUACCACCCUGGCCCCCAACCAACCCCAACAAAAACUGACUAAUCUAAUCAUUCAGUCUCUUUCCUCC